AUGGCGGCGGGAGCGAAGCAACAGGCGCAGCCUCAGCUGCUCUUCGUCGACGGCUCCUUCCAGGAGCUCGCCCGCGAGAUGGCCGACUACCUUCACAUCGCCGACGAGGUGAAGCCCCUCGUCGAGAACGAGGCCAAGAAGGAGGAAGUCCUGUCCAAGCUGGUGCGCUCGUCGACGGCCCUGACGUCGGUGGCCGAGAAGGAGUUCACCGCCGCGUCCAACCUCAUGGUCCACCUCGUCCUCCAGUCCGAGGACCCCAAGAAGCACCUCCCGACCCUCUGCCAGGCCUUCUCCAAGCCCAUCGCCUCCAGCCCCGUCAACGGCGUCGGUCUGAGCCUCAACGCCCUGAGCACCAUCUUCAACCUCAUCGCCCCCGAGAACCCGAUACGCUACAACGUUUUCAUGGCCAUCCUGCGCUUCCUCAAGGCCAACGCCAUGUUCGAUACCAUCCAGCCCUACCUGAAGCAGCUCCCCGACUGGUUCGCGGACUGGAAGACCAGCGACGAGUUCCAGAGACAGAUGUACGAGGAGAUUGCCGAGGUCGCCAAGGAGGCCGGCAAGGAAGAGGAGAGCUACGAAUACAUUCUCAAGGCCCUGCGCACCUUUGACGCUGACGAUAAGGACGAUGUCGGUUCCGAGGACGCCCAGCGCCUGUCCCUCCGCGCGGUCCGCGACGCCCUGCUUUCCAACACACACUUCCUCUUCACCGACAUCCGCAGCAUACCUACCGUGCAGAACCUGUCCGAGACGCACCCCGUCUACUCCCAGCUCCUCGACAUCGUCGCCGAGCAGGACCUCGAGGACUACAACGACUUCAACGACGAGCACCAGGGCUGGCUCGAGAAGGAGAAGCUCGACCACGACCGCCUCCACCGCAAGAUGCGUCUCCUCACCUUCGCCUCCCUCGCCGCCCAGACCACCUCCCGCCGCAUCGAGUACUCCGCCGUCGCGAAGGCUCUCCAGGUUCCCGCCGAGGACGUCGAGAUGUGGGCCAUUGACGUGAUCCGCGCCGGCCUCGUCGAGGGCAAGCUCUCCCAGCAGGACCAGGUCUUCCUCGUCCACAAGGUCACCUACCGCGUCUUCGGCACCAGGCAAUGGCAGGAGCUCGCCACCCGCCUGGACAGCUGGAAGGGCACCCUGUCGAACCUGCACGACGUCAUUCGCAAGGAGCAGGCCAACGCCAAGGCCCAGAAGGAGCGCGAGGCGCAGGAGGCGGAGCGCAAGCUGAACGCCGACAAGGAGGGUGGCAGCGGCGGUCGUCAGCAGAGGGGCGGCCAGCGCCGUGACGGACAGCAGCGUGAGCCCAGAGAGCCUCGCGAGCCCCGCGAGCCCAGGGAGCCCCGUGAGCCCAAGGAGAGGACGGACAACGACGACUAA